GAUGUCGCACGCAUCACGCAUGCGCAAUGGCCCCGGCCUAUAUAUCACGUGAUCCCCUAGCAACAAAAACGCCGCGUUCCCGCGAGGUUGCCGGGAGUUUUACGAGACCGUGGUCUCUGGCGCCGAGGAGUGCAUCACUGCGAGAAACGAUCGAUAUCCUUUACUAGGAAGCUGUGGGCGAAGCGGGAGCGUCAUGAGCGCGGCGGCGACCCUUGGCCUGAAGAUGCAGGUCUCUCCGGACACCUGGAAAGGCGCAAGUGCCCACAACAUGAAGCUGAGCCAGGCAAUCAUCGCUCGCUGCGACCAGGGAAUGAGGAUCAGCCGCCGGACGGACCCGCUCCCGCUGCUGAGAGACGCGUGUAUCAGGGAGUCCAACGACCGGAUCCACGCCUACGUGCGUGCCACGAGAGCCGUUGUUGUUCAGCUCCGACAGAAACUGGUGGCCACGAACGAGGAGAUCAAGGCGCUCACUCGAGGGAAAGAGGCACUGGAGAGAUCUCUAGAACACACGCGGAAGGACCUGGCCCUGAGCCGCCAGUCUGUCGAACUCCGCGGCCUCAGACCGUCAAGAGAAAAGGAGCCUGAUGCAGCGGACCUGUGCCUCCUAGAGGAGCAAGCGCACCUGCUGUCGUCCAAGCGGUCGCUGGAGGUUCAGCUGAGCAAGGCCCAGCAGCAGCUGCAGGUGCUGAGUCUGACCCGAGCGCGUCUCGCCGCCGUCCUGCAAGAGAGGUCGAGGGUCACAGACCUCCUGUGCCACUCCAUGAGCUCCACGGUAGCCGUCUCCCACUUCUCCUCCUCCUCGUCCCAGAUCUUUGACCGCCAGAGAAAGGUUGGAUUUCUGCCUCAGUCUCUGGUGCCUGGAAACGAAAGACUGCAGCGCUCAAAGAGUGCGCAGGGGUCGUAUGGGGUACAGAGGUCAAAGUCACACUCUGCCCCGGCUCCACUCCAUUUGUCUGUCAUACGAGAGGAGACUGAGGGACACAGAGGGAGCCUCGGGCCAAAAGAAUUUGAAGAAAAACAAACCUAUCUUGAUCCGUACGAGACGUUUUCCCCCGAGUCGCGAGACUCGGUUCAGCUGGCGUCGGAGGCCAUUCUGAAGUCCCAGGAGAUCAGGAGGGAGCUGCGGGCUGCCGUAGACAACAAGAAACUCCUCCAAGUAUCCGCUCACAACACCGUCAACGAAGGACUCACCAGAAAACUGGCUGAAACUAUCACCAUCACGCAACAUCUGCAGGUGAAUGCCGGCCAGACGAGUUUGGCCGUGCACAGAGCUCGACGGUGCCUCGAGACCCAGGAGAAAGGACACGGUUACUUACUGGGUCCGGAGUCCAUCGCCAAUCUCACCACUAGAGAGAGGCUGGACAGACCGCUGGUGAAGGUCUACCAACGGCACCCCAGCACAGAGCUGCCAGAAGCAGCACACUUUGCACAGGCCAGCGCUGCUUAUACAGAGAGUCUGCAGGCCACACGAAAGAACGUCAUGCUCCUCCGACUCGCCCAAAAGGGACUCCAGGCGGACAUCAGGGACAAGAAAACGGCGGCCGAGGUUGAUUCGGGGAUCGUCCGUCUUCGUCGCCAGAAGGCCAGUCACAGGUGGGUUCUGGACGGCCAGUCUUCGUCGGUCAAGAGGGCAGUCAAGCUGUACAGCAGAAGAACAAGCUCGGCCCCAGCAGCCCCGUCUGCCAACGGUGCCGUGUCCGUGAGGGAAUCUAUUCAAAAAGAGAGGUGGUGGAAGGCGAGCAACCACAGCAGGUCCACCGACUAACCACCACUGAUUACUACUUUCGUUUUUCUGAGUGCAUUCAUUUUCGAUUUGUACUCUGAUUGGUUUCAUAUAACGUGGCACAAGACUUCACUAGUUUUUUUAUUUUAUUUUCCACUGUCAUGUAUUGUAGGCAUAGUUAAAAGGUGAAAGUGGCUCUAAGCCACAGCACAGUUUUCAGGAGACUUUUAGUCUUUGUAUCGAUUUCCACUCACUCUAUUGUGACGAUUGCAUAUACUCUUUAUGGUCUAAU